GACAUAAAUCUUUACAGAGAAUGGUGCUGAAUAGGUGAGUAUUUUGCCUUUCUCUUAACAGGAAGUUGACAAGAGGCGUCGGUCAAGAUGCCGGAGUCUGGUGGCUUAGUGGAUGGUACAAGAAAGGUCCUGACACUUGAGGACCUCAUUGCAGCCAUUGAUAGACAUGAGAAAACGCCAAGCAAUAUCCUGAAGGUUGAUGCCUUCCACUUCAGCGGAGAAAGGGUUUCAGAUUGGUUGGAUUUGGUGGAGCAAGCGUUGGUGGGGUUGUCAGAUGCGAUAAAAUUUCAGCGCAUUCUGAAGUACGUACUUCAUGGUCAUCAUCAAGAAGUCGAGAAGGUCAUAAAUACGGCCAAUGACAGUUGGGCGAGGUUUAGAGAUGGCAUGCAGCGCAAGUAUAGGCUGGGCGAUGGGUUGCUGACCACCGCAGAUCUCGAAGCCAUGAACAAGGACGACUUCACUACGGUAGGGACGUUUUUUCAAGAAUUUAAGAAAAAGGCAAGGAAGGUUCAUGGGAUCUCAGAAGAAGCGCAGUGCACCAUUUUUUGGGGGUUGCUCACUGCUUCAGAGGCUGCAGAAUUGACGAGCCAUGGAGGGGGUAGUGCAAAACUCACCUGGGCCACCAUUGAUAAGGGAGUAGAAGAUGAGAGUCUGGACCAGGUAGAGCAGUGUCAGAUGCGCUUGCAGAGGAGGAAGAAAAAGGAGAGGGACGCUUCUGCAUCUGGAACCCCGGGAGUGAAAAGGAUUGUCACGGACGUGCUUGCGGAGCUAGGCUAUGGCAAUGACGCUGAGGAAAUAAGUGGUGGAGGUUCCGAGGAAGAGGAGGAUGAUGACGCGGAGGACGAGAGACUCCGACAGGAGGAGGAUCGGCGAACGGAAUUAAGGGCUAAGAAUAGAGGGAUCCAGGAGGAAGCCGAGCCAAGCCAGCAUGAAAGCGUACCUAAGAAAAAGAAGUAUGCAGUCAGGCUAGAAGAAGGCUUUGAUGUAGAAAGAAUGGUGGAAAGGCUCCUUGAAGGUCAUAACGACCUCAUGAACCGGAAGGAUAUCCUGGCGUCCGCCCCGAGACUCCGAGAUGGUUUGAAGGGACGGUUAUCCCGGAGGUUAGUGCCCAACAUCCAUCUGAGUACGAUCCUACAAAGGGAGGUAGGAUGGACUGAAGCCGAAACAAGGAUGGACUGGAAGUGCGCGACAUGCGAGUUGGUGGAUUUAGUGGUCAAAGAGAAGAAGUGUGUUGCAAUGGUGGACACAUGUGCUGAGAUGAAUAUUAUCAGGGAAAGGGAUGCCCUUAUGCUGGGAUUGGAGAUUGAUCGCGCGGACCAUGGUGUACUGCAUGGAGUUAACUGCAAGGCAAUUUUUUGUGGUACGGCAUCCAAUGUGAUCAUGGAAAUUGGUAAGGUACGGGUGAGAACUUGCUUCUUCGUCAUGCCGGACGUGGAUCACCCUAUCCUCCCGGGAAGAUCGUUCCUGUGCAGGACGGAGACUUUGAUCUUCAAUAAGCACGAUGGAAUGAUGAUACUGCACAUGAGUGAUCCGGCGUGUGGGAACUAUGAAGUUAUCACCUGCCGGAACACAGGUCCAGGGAGCGAGAGGAAUAGGCCUAAUCCCGGCUCAUUCACCCUUGAGGAAUCGGAGAAUGAGCGGCGGAGGCUUUGGGAAGAGUCCGAGGAGGAAGGAGGAAUAGAGGUGUUGUCGCUAAGCCUCACAGACGUAAACAAGGCAAUGGAGAUAGUCGCGGCACAUGAAAUGGCGGAUCCGGAGGCAAUCAAGGCACUUAGGGAGCAAAUCAUAGAAGAUCCUCAGGACGCUACGGUGGGUACAGGACUUGCCGCGGCUGAACGUGGUGACAAUGUGAGACGCGGGAGGCUUGUGGAACGCAGAUGCAUCGCACAAGUGGUUAUCACCUACCUGAAAUUUCAAGGAUGAAAAAUGUGAAGUGAGAAUUUUGUUGUGUUUUGUUUGGCCUGAAUUCAGGGUGGGGGAUGUGUUCUUCAUGAUGAAAAAGGAAGCUGCAAUAAUGAAUGGGGGUUGUGAGG